ACAGCAGCGGUCCUGCGCAAAAUAAAAGCAAGGAUGAAAGUAUGAUUUGGUAUACAGAAUGAUAAAUUGAGUUCAAACAAACAACUACGCGGUUACAUGUUAUAUAUCUUCACAUACAGUAAUCCGUUUGCUGUGCAGCAUCGCAUCCAGUGAUAUUAAUUUUGUCGUUUCUACAUUGACGAUGGCUCGCAAUAUUCUCUCCUACCAUCUCGCGGUUGCGGUGACCUUUGUGCUACUUUUGGGGUUAGCUUCAGCCUGGUUUGGCAGCUACGGUUACGGCAGUUAUUACCCGUCAUAUUACGGAUCGGGAUACGGUGGUUACGGGUCAACAUACGGUGGAUACUAUCCGUAUGGCGGAUACUCAUAUGGAUACCCUAGUUACACCAGUUACAGUUACUACCCCAGUUACGGCUACGGGAAUUACGGAUAUGGCGGCAUAGGCGGAUACGGUAGUUAUGGAUAUGGUGGACUCUUUGGAAACAGUUAUACGCUUUAUGGACGGCGUUAAACGAAAAUUAAUGCUGCACUGUGUGUUCUGCAUAAGCACAGCGCAAUAAAAGAUUUGGAAGAUGAUAACGAACUGCUCAUGUAAUUACAUUGUAGAAAUUUUCCAGUUUAAUAGCGUGCCUACUGUCAAGUAAAAUCAUUGAUACUGAAAGUGAGUUCACUCACUGUUUCGGAUGUUUUGUGUUGAGUAUUUUAUCUGCGAUUAUUUGGUCUUGUUCCAUAGGUGUAUCGUACGAAUUCGCAAUUCCUAACAAAAAUUUUCCAAAACGGUUCGCGAAAAAACAGUCGCCUAUUAAACUGCUUCGUUGUAUG